AUGGCGUAUUCCAUUUUCAUCCACCUUUUUCUUGCUUCACUAUUCCCAUUAUCUUCCUGUCAAUUCCCAUUCUACAACGACGAGAAAGAACAGUACUACGAGUCGAAGAAUUUUAUCAAAAGUUCGGCGUUUGCUGUGGUAGGUUAUUAUCCUUGUUUUCAUUCAUUCAAGGGGUAAUUGGUCUGACCUUGAGAAGGUAUUAUUAGGGUGAAAAACGAAAGUAAAGAUCAAUAAUAGAAAGUGUUUUUUCAGACAAGAAAAGGAGAUUAUCCAGUCAGCCAAGCCUCGCAUGUUCCAGACCUGAAGCAAUUCUUGUUGAAACGGAGGAAACAAGAAGAGUAAGUGUUAUUCGCAAAAGCCAAGCCCCAAAACGGCCUCCGCCGGUAAAAAAAGUCUCCGCGGAGCCUUCGCCAAUGUGUGAAACAUUCGGAAAUACAUAAUUCCGGAACCAAGACUAGCUGACUACAUCGUAACAGAUGUAAAAAACCUAAUCUCAUCGGUAGUUAAGCCGUCUGGACUUUGUAAUUUUCAAAAAAGACGUCAAAUGUCUCCGCCGAAAAAUGAUCUCUCCGCCGAUGUAGGAAAAAAUUCUUUUGCGUAUUCUAAAAUCGCUCAUCGUCGAAUUUUAAAAUCAAUUUAAACUUCUUGAAUAUCUACAAAGAGCACAAAGAUAUUCGCAAAAAACUUUCUGCCAUAUUUCUUCAAGCACCCCGUAAGAAAAAAGAUUUUUUUCGGGGUAAAAACCGCAAAAUGUGGUAAAGAUUUCUACGAGAUAAUUUACUGAAAAUUGAUGUAAUAUUUUUCAGGCUAAAAAAGAAACGUGCCAAGCUUGCUGGGCUGCCCACAGUCGCUCAAAGAAUCAACGAAAACAAGCAAACCAAACGAUUCAAACAAGCCUCACGUAGCUCCGAAGACAGCGAUGAGAUUUUCAGAGUAAGCCAAUACAGGGUGACAAAUAAAAAACGCAGCUUUUUUCCCCAUUACCGUAAUCUUUCAGACAAAUUCUCGCAACCUCCAAAACGUAGAGCCUUUCGCUAAAAACGAAACCUUCUUUGUGACCGUCCCCAUCAGCAUUGCUCGGCACAAAAAUGAAGAGAAUGACAUUUGUGUGGUCAAUGCGAUCACUAAGAAUUGUUGUAACGCCAGUUUGGAGGCUGCAAUUGUUGAAGCGUACGAUGAAAUCCGAAGCAAUCCUCAAUUUGUGCAGUGUAAUUUACAUCGGAUAGUUCAAAGUGUGCAAAAUGUAAGUUUAUAGGGUAAAGUACGAAAUAUAGGACAGGUUUUUUUUCAAUAAUAUUAUGGAACUGGGACGACUGGGGAAACCGAAAAGUAUUAUUUUUCUUCGAUUCAAGUGUCGAAAUUAGGAUAAUCGAGGGUGCUGAUUUUGAAAAUGACGUUCAUUUUUUGAUAGUUACUUUUUUCCUUAAGUAGUACUGUAAAGUAGUAAUUUUUUGUAUUUUUUCACAAAUACUCGAUUUAGGGGUUUUCGAUGGUGCUGAUUCCGAAAAUCUUUUUCAUUUUUUCUGAUUUGAAAGCAGCACCAUCGAAAACCCCCAAACCGAGUAUUCAUGAAAAAAAAUCGAAAAUUUUAUACUUUACAGUAAGGAAAAAAGAAACUAUCAAAAAAAUGAAUGUCAUUUUCGAAAUCAGCACCCUCGAUUAUCCUAAUUUCACACUUGCAUCGAAGAAAAAUAAUAUUUUUCGGUUUCCGCAAUCGUCCUUUUCCCUCAACCGUCCAACUCCGCUUUCCAGCCGAUCAAAAAACGCAAGAAUUCAGCUAAAAAAAUUUCGUCUAGCCUACUCUCCUCACUUCCCGUGAUCUCUCGCAAGUCUUUUAAAAGACGAUUUCUGAGUCAGUGCGUCAGCCGUGGACAUAGGAAAAAAUCGAUUUUGAGUUUUUUGCAUUAAAAUGACUGUUGGAAGGGGCUAAGCAAAAGCGAACAAUAUUUUUUCCCAAAUCCUUCGUUAAGGUAUAUUUUUUUACAAUUAACUGUUUUAGAAGUAAUCACCUCUAGCUGUGGUAUCUUGCCUUACAGUGCAGUGAUUUGACGGCUACUGUAGUUUUUGACCCUUGCGAACACGAUGGAGUGAUUAUUUUUCCCGGUUUCCUACUGUAACAUACCGUAAUACCAUAUCGACCGCUAAAAAACGGUCGUAAAAUCUUUGUUUCUAAAAACCCCCAGCUGAUUUUUUGAUAUGUUAAUCAGCGUAAAAUUCUGCUCUAGACCCAAUCAAAAAAAGUGCAAAAAGUGGUGCGACAAAUUUCGUGGUGUAGUGGUUAGUGGGCGGGACUACCAUUCCAGCGUCCCGGGUUCGAUCCCGGCUGGGUGCAAAUGUCAAAAAAAUGCCGCAAAUCAAUUUUAAUGUAAAAAUAAGGAAUGUCCGAAGAACAAAAAGCAAUUUUAAAUGAUUAUGACACCUCUGUUUUCGAGUAAACCCGGUUUAAUGUAAUCUUAGCGGCUGAAAACGGAAAAAAUAAAAGUGCUUCAAAUGUGAUAAAAUUCAUAGAUAUGGUUCUACAGGUUAUUAUAAGAAACUUUUCCGUUAGUCUUUUUUUGUAGCUUACAGUAUAACGGAUUACUGUAACAUGAAACUAUUUAUAAAAAAUCGAUUUUCCCUUCGAUGUUCUUGAAAAAAGGUUGGGAUUUUUUGUUAGACCGCUCUGCCAGCAAAAAAAGUCGCCUUUCGUUAUCCGAAACAAAAUUCCAAAUUAUUUCGAGUAUGUUCUGACGUCAUCGUUGAUCGCUAAUACGGUGAACGAUUAUUCAGGUAUUCCAAAUCAUCCUGCCAUAAAAAAUAUUUUUUCUCACAGAUAAGCUUCUUGGUAAUAAUUCUGCACAUUAUGACUUUACUUCCAGCUCUCUUUCGCCAUGUAGAACGCAAAAUACGAAAUUCUGCAUUAUGCUACAGUAAUCCGUUAUACUGUAAGCUACAAAAAAAGACUAACGGAAAAGUUUCUUAUAAUAACCUGUAGAACCAUAUCUAUGAAUUUUAUCACAUUUGAAGCACUUUUAUUUUUUCCGUUUUCAGCCGCUAAGAUUACAUUAAACCGGGUUUACUCGAAAACAGAGGUGUCAUAAUCAUUUAAAAUUGCUUUUUGUUCUUCGGACAUUCCUUAUUUUUACAUUAAAAUUGAUUUGCGGCAUUUUUUUGACAUUUGCACCCAGCCGGGAUCGAACCCGGGACGCUGGAAUGGUAGUCCCGCCCACUAACCACUACACCACGAAAUUUGUCGCACCACUUUUUGCACUGUUUUUGAUUGGGUCUAAAGCAGAAUUUUACGCUGAUUAACAUAUCAAAAAAUCAGCUGGGGGUUUUUAGAAACAAAGAUUUUACGACCGUUUUUUAGCGGUCGAUAUGGUAUUACGGUAUGUUACAGUAGGAAACCGGGAAAAAUAAUCACUCCAUCGUGUUCGCAAGGGUCAAAAACUACAGUAGCCGUCAAAUCACUGCACUGUAAGGCAAGAUACCACAGCUAGAGGCGAUUACUUCUAAAACAGUUAAUUGUAAAAAAAUAUACCUUAUAGAAGGAUUUGGGAAAAAAUAUUGUUCGCUUUUGCUUAGCCCCUUCCAACAGUCAUUUUAAUGCAAAAAACUCAAAAUCGAUUUUUUCCUAUGUCCACGGCUAACUGGCGGCUGAUUCACUGACUCAGAAAUCGUCUUUUAAUAUCAUUACUGAUGAUAAAAUUUUUAACGCUCUAUUAACGGAACGUGUAUUAAAGAACGUUUAAAAAAAAUAUUUAACCAUUUCCAGACAGUUGAACAACGAUUUGGACGACAAUUUGAGGUUGUUGUAUCACCAACUCCAUUCGUCUCAAAAUCUCAUCAAGCCAAUAGUAUGCAUUGUGAAUUGAAGUUGGAUGGAAAGUAUAUUGUGGUUUAUGAGACUCCCAAUCAGGAGGAAGAGGUGGGACAUUCUGAAAAUUGUUUUUGAGGCCUUUUUAACUGAUUUUUUAAAAGAAAUCGGAGAAAGUCUGAGAUUUUUUAAAAUUUUGGCCCGAAAAAGGCAAACUCUCCCAUUUUACGGACUAAUUUCAGAUCGAUUUGAUUGAUGUUCGCCAAUUCCUCUCUCCACAUGAACCCCCAGACAAUUUCGAGCCAAUUGCGCAAGAGGAAAUGCAGAGAAUUCGGAGAAAAUUGAACGCAGAAACCCAUUCGAAGAAAUCAACAUAUUUAGUAUAUGGACCUAUUGAUUAG